UUUCUCUCCGGACACAAUAAGGCGGACCCUUUUCAGAAAGAAGCGCCGCUGCCUUUUCACGUUAAGUGUGCUUGUGGAGAUGGCGGCAACAAAGGUUCCAGAGGUUCGUGACAUCACACGGAUUGAGAGAAUUGGGGCACACUCUCACAUUCGUGGACUUGGUCUGGAUGAUGCUUUGGAGCCAAGACAGGUGUCUCAGGGGAUGGUCGGCCAGCUGGCCUCCCGUCGUGCAGCAGGGGUCAUCUUGGAAAUGAUUAAAGACGGUCACAUUGCUGGCAGGGCGGUACUGAUCGCCGGCCAGCCUGGCACAGGAAAAACUGCCAUCGCAAUGGGGAUAGCACAGUCACUGGGCCCCGACACGCCCUUCACAGCUCUGGCUGGGAGUGAGAUCUUCUCUUUGGAAAUGAGCAAAACUGAGGCACUGAGCCAAGCUUUUAGAAAAGCCAUUGGAGUGACAAUCAAGGAGGAAACUGAGAUCAUAGAAGGAGAGGUGGUGGAGAUCCAGAUUGAUAGACCUGCCACUGGAACGGGGGCAAAAGUGGGCAAGCUGACCCUAAAGACCACUGAAAUGGAGACAAUAUAUGAUUUGGGUAACAAGAUGAUUGACAGUCUUAGCAAAGAGAAGGUACAAGCUGGAGAUGUCAUCACCAUUGACAAAGCCACCGGGAAGAUCACCAAGCUGGGACGCUCCUUCACUAGAGCCAGAGACUACGAUGCUAUGGGGGCUCAGACAAAGUUUGUCCAGUGUCCUGAGGGAGAGCUGCAGAAGAGGAAAGAGGUGGUACACACCGUGUCGCUCCAUGAGAUCGACGUCAUCAACAGCCGUACACAAGGCUUCCUGGCUCUCUUCUCUGGAGACACCGGAGAGAUCAAGUCUGAAGUCCGCGAGCAGAUAAACGCCAAAGUGUGUGAGUGGAGGGAAGAGGGAAAGGCAGAGAUUAUUCCUGGGGUGUUAUUUAUCGACGAGGUCCAUAUGCUGGACAUGGAGUGUUUCUCCUUCCUGAACCGCGCGCUGGAGAGUGACCUGUCCCCCGUUCUCAUCAUGGCCACCAACAGAGGCAUCACACGAAUCCGUGGAACAAACUACCAGAGCCCUCAUGGCAUCCCCAUCGACCUGCUGGAUCGCUUGCUUAUUAUCGCCACCUCUCCUUACACAGAGAAAGAGACGAGGCAGAUCCUAAAGAUCCGGUGUGAAGAGGAGGACGUAGAGCUGAGCGAGGAGGCCCACACGGUCCUCACUCGGAUCGGCAUGGAGACGUCGCUACGCUACGCCAUCCAGCUGAUCAGCACAGCGGGGCUGGUCUGUCGUAAACGCAAGGGGACAGAGGUUCAGGUGGAGGACAUUAAGAGGGUUUACUCUCUUUUCUUGGAUGAGGCCAGGUCCUCCCAGUACAUGAAGGAGUAUCAGGAUUCCUUCCUCUUCAAUGAAACACAAACGGCUUCCAUGGACACGUCAUAAUGGAGAACGCCCUGAAGUGUUUGGUUUUUGUCCGUUUUUUUGUCAUUCACAGUUAAAGUCUGUUCAGUUCUGGUUCGUAGAUUGGACUUUAAUGUAAGUCUGCAAUGAAAACAGAAAAUGAAUUCAGGAAUGUUCUCAGUUUUGCUUAAAUGUUACAGCUGUUGUAAAUUGAAUUUAUGUGAACAUUGGACGUGGAAAUUUGGCCUUAUUUUGGAUAACCUGAAUACCACAAAUGUGUCGAUCAUUAAUGCCUAUCCAUUAAUUUUCUGUUUGUUAUUCAAACCCUGUCUUUGGUUGUUUUUUGU